CAGAAGUAUACAAGGAGGUUUGUAAAAAUAUCCAACACACACCCUUCCCACCAUCAACAAUAACAAUAUUGUGUUAUAAAAGCAUAUGAGAAAAGGAAGUAAAGCACUCCACAUUCUUAUUGAAAGUGUUGACUAUAGUCGAAGUGAUAAGCGCACUGACGUGCAACACACAUAAAGAAUUAAAAACAGUUGUUGAUUAACAUCGCACGGUAAUGACUAUUGUAGAAGCUGGAAAAGAGAAUGGACACCACUUGGAAAACAAUGAGGAAAUAGAAAAAAUUGAAGAAGCUGAACCGUUGACAUGGAGAUUUUGGCGAAAGAAACGUUAUAUUGUCGUAUUGUUAGCAUUUUUUGGAUUUUUCAAUGUUUAUUCAUUACGUGUUAAUUUAAGUGUUGCCAUUGUCGCAAUGACAGAGAAUCGUUCAUACAUCGAUGAAAAUGGUAUAGAACGUUAUAAACAAGAUUUCGAAUGGGACUCAAAAGAUAAAGGAAUAAUUCUAAGUUCAUUUUUUUACGGUUACAUUUUAACACAAUUCUUGGGUGGAGUUCUUGCAACAAGAUUCGGUGGAAAUCACAUUUAUGGAGUGGGUAUCGGAACAACAGCGAUUCUUACUUUAUUAACACCAUUGGCAGCAAAACAUAGUUUAGAAAUGUUAUUAGCUGUUAGAAUAAUUGAAGGCAUUUUUGAAGGUGUAACAUUUCCUUGUAUACAUGCUGUAUGGGCUAGAUGGGCACCACCAUUAGAACGUUCACGUAUGGCAUCAAUUGCAUUUGCUGGAAAUUAUGCUGGUACUGUAAUUGCUAUGCCAUCAUCUGGUCUUUUAGCAGCACGAUAUGGAUGGGAAAGUCUUUUUUAUGUUUUCGGUGCAAUCGGAUGUGUAUGGUUUAUUAUUUGGGAAAUUGUUGUUAAAUCCAGUCCAGAAUUGGACAAAUAUUGUCCUAAAGAUGAAGUUGAAUAUAUAAGAACAACAAUAGGAAAUAAAAAUUCUGAAAAAUUACAACCACCAUGGAAAUCAUUAUUUACAUCAACUGCUGUUUGGGCAAUUGUAGCAUCACAUUUUUCUGAAAAUUGGGGAUUUUACACAAUGUUAACACAAUUACCAUCAUUUUUAAAAGAUACUCUUAAUUUCAAUUUGGAUAAAACGGGAUUUUUAUCUGCUGUACCAUAUUUAACAAUGGGAAUUCUACUUGGAAUCUCUGGAUAUUUAGCUGAUUGGACUCAAAUUAAAGGAUAUUUGACAACAACACAAGUUAGAAAAUAUUUUAAUUGUGGAGCAUUUUUAGCUCAAACAGUAUUUAUGACGUUAGCCGCAUAUUUAUUAGAUCCAGUAUGGACUGUAUUAUGUAUAACGAUAGCUGUAGGACUUGGUGCAUUUGCUUGGUCUGGCUUUGCUGUGAAUCAUUUAGAUGUAGCUCCACAGUAUGCUAGUAUUAUAAUGGGAAUAACAAAUACAUUUGGAACGAUUCCUGGAAUUAUUAGCCCUUUAAUAACUGGUUACAUUGUUCAAAAUCAAAAUGCAGAAGAAUGGAAAAUUGUAUUUUAUAUAUCAGCUUCUGUUUACAUUGUUGGUGCAAUAAUUUAUUGGUGCUGGGCAUCAGGAGAAUUACAAGAAUGGGCUAAAACACCUGAACAAAUUUCAUUGGAAAAACAAACUAAUGGAUUGAAAUCGAUUGGAAUUAAAAGAGGCUAUGAUAAUACUGCAAUAGAAUUGAGAGAAUAGUCAAUUAUAUUGAAAAAAAAAAAAUCUAUACUUUUGACUAUUAUGUUUUCUAUGAUUAAAAUUAUAUUCUGUUUCAAAUAUUUGUGAUAAUUAGUAAAUUGUAUUUGUUUCCAUUUUACAUAAUGUAUUGCUUUCCAUAGAGUUUAUAGAAUGAGAAUAUUAUGUAAAUAUUUUUGGAGCAACUUGCCUUAUUAAAGUAUUAUAAUUCAAUAAAAUAUGAGAGAUAA